GGCAAUCUUCCGGAGACAGGGCCAAAGGGCCAAGUGCCCCAGCCAGGAGCUGCCUAUAAAUGCCGAGCCUGCACAGCUCUGGCAAACGCUCUGUGUGGCUCCUCGGCUUUGACAGAGCGCAAGCAGAUGUCCUGCAAAAUGUCGCAGCUGGAACGCAACAUAGAGACCAUCAUCAACACCUUCCACCAGUACUCUGUGAAGCUGGGGCACCCAGACACCCUGAACCGGAGGGAAUUCAAACAGCUGGUGGAAAAAGAUCUGCAAAACUUUCUCAAGAAGGAGAAAAAGAAUGAUAAGAUCAUAGACCACAUCAUGGAGGACCUGGACACAAAUGCAGACAAGCAGCUGAGCUUCGAGGAGUUCAUCAUGCUGAUGGCGAGGCUAACCUGGGCCUCCCACGAGAAGAUGCACGAGGAUGACGAGGGCCCUGGCCACCACCAUAAGCCAGGUCUCGGGGAGGACGCUCGCUAAGACCACAGUGUCCAAGAUCGCAGUGGCCAUGGCCACGCCACAGCCACUAAUCAGGAGGCCAGGCCACCCUGCCUCUACCCAACCAGGGCCCCGGGACCUCUUGUGCCAAACUGUCCUGGCUGUGGCGGUAGGGGCUGGGGCCAAAUAAAGUCUUCCUCCAAAUCA